CUGCCCGGCGGGCACGGCCCGGACGCCCGCCGCCCCCCGGACCCCCCCCCACCCCGGCACGUGACCCGGGAGCCCGGUUCCUCACGUGACCCUGCCUGCCGCGGGCCGGGGGUGGGGGGCUGGUGAGAGUGUCCCGGGGGGUGCUCCCCGGCAGCCCCCGGCACGUGACGCGCGACCAUCGCGACGAAGGCCGCCGCUGGCGGCAUCGCCGAUCUCCGGACGGUCGGCUUCCUCCGGGAAGCCCGCCUGGGUUGAAGAAGACCACAUGCAACCCGGAGGGCGCACAGCAUGGCCGAAAACCGAGAGCCCCGCGGGACUGUCGAGGCUGAGCUGGACCCGGUAGAGUACACCCUGCGGAAGCGGCUUCCCCACCGCCUGCCCCGGAGGCCCAAUGACAUCUAUGUCAACAUGAAGACUGACUUUAAGGCGCAGCUGGCCCGCUGCCAGAAGCUGUUGGACGGAGGGGCGCGGGGUCAGAACGCAUGCAGUGAGAUCUACAUCCACGGCUUGGGCCUGGCCAUCAACCGGGCCAUCAACAUUGCCCUACAACUGCAGGCGGGCAGCUUCGGGUCCUUGCAAGUGGCUGCCAAUACCUCCACCGUGGAGCUUGUCGAUGAGCUGGAACCGGAGACUGAUUCCCGAGAGCCGCUGACCCGGAUCCGCAACAACUCUGCCAUCCACAUCCGUGUCUUCAGGGUCACGCCCAAGUAACUGAGAUGAAGCUGUCCCACCUUAUCCACCCAUCCCCAUACAGCUGGGGCUCAGAUGUGGCCCUUCUUGUCCUGAGUACUGUCAUGGAUCUUCAACCAGACCCAUGUAGGAAAAAGCCCAUCCCCUGGCAGCCCAGAGGACUCUGAAUUGAGAGGGCAAAUACUGUCUUUUGUUGGGCCCAAGCAGUGGGUCUUCCUGGCUCUUUGUGGUCUGUAGCCAUUGUCCUGUACAAUAAAAAGUUUCAAGUUA